GCGGCCAUCGCCAUUGCCGGUCGCUGGUUCCCGGCUUCUGCGCAUCCAGUCGGCGCAGGCCCGCGGCCGCGCGCUGCACGCCUCGUUUUCCGACCCGGUUUACGUCGCUCUUACGUUGCAAGUAUUUCCCGAUUAAUCUGCCUGCCGGUAUCUGGAGUGUUGAGGCAUCGUCGCCUAGAGUGAUUUAACCGCUGGAGAAAAGGAAAACGAAACGCAGGGCGGCUCCGCUAUCGCAGCUUCUUCUUUGUCCCGAUCUCUUGGUUUCGAGGGAAGAAAGGAAAAAGAAAUCCGAGCAAGUUCGAGGCCUCCUCUAGCAACCCCGAGGAGUUCAGGAAAUUGGAAGCCCAGAGGUGCAUCCGCGAAAUGUGAUCAAGCAGACCGGAAAUUGGUUACGAGAAAAAGGGUUACUGGAUUCCUGGGACAGGUGAUUCAAGAAGAUACACGGAGAUAUGGACGUUUCGUUACCGUUGAUACCGAGAAGACAGCGAAGAAGGGGCUUCCCGUCGCACGAGACGUUAACAAGGAACCAAGAAAAAUAGGAUUCUUAAUCUUAUAGAAAGUUAUUCACGGAAAAUCGAUGAAGACCCAUUCAAGAAGAGAAGAAGCCUCCCUGUGCAACGAUAAGCGACUAUGAAAAGGUAACUUCCUUACCGCAUCAGUAAAACCUGGACAAACUGACGAAAGACGGAGCUCAUCCUUCGAUACACGUCUCGAAUAUAAACCGGAAAGAUAUGCCUGUUUUUGCGACAGUCAGUCUGGAAAAGGGGAAGAAAAACGAGACGAUGAACUCGCAAAAGAAGAUCAUCAUGGCGAUAAAAAGUUAACGCCAAUGCUGAUGUCGAAAAGACCGAAGGAGGCGAUAGUAAGAGCGACAUGAGUGCAAGCAACGCGAGAGGAUUAAGUCGGUGUUAGGAAACUUUUGAUAGGAAACUGGAAGAUGGCAGCUGUCGAGGCAGGUUUCCGCCUUAUCGACGCUCCCUCCGAGUGCUCUCUGAGGAGCAAGGCGAGGAUCGAUGCCCUCUUCGAGGACUCCCGGUCGGUCUGCAGUUCCACCUUUGGAGGGUGGUACGGGGGAGCGAUUUCGACCGUCGAACCGACGAACCCUGAAGAUCUGACUACGGAAGAGCAGAGGAAGAUCAAUGGAGCCGUUCAAGCCAGGAUAGAGGCCAUGUUUGCUUCCGUCGAAGCCGAGGCCGGAACCCCCGGGGAGUGCGCCGCUGCAGUUUUACAGGUGAGGUAUCUCGGAGCGGCGCCGAUCGGAGGUCGCGUGACGAGCAUUCGAGGUCUUCAGGAACCUCUUCGUCAGCACCUUGAGCGCCUGCACGCCUCUCAGAGCGCCGAACUGGAGGUCUCCCGUCGCGGGUUGGCGUUUCGAACGGCAGGAUGUUGCGAAAAGGUGAAUCCCUUUCGAAGAAUAGCAGUCUGGAGCGCCCUGAGGCUGCGUUCCCGAAGAAGUCCCUCGGGAGGUCUGCGGUAUGCGUUUGUACCACUUGUGGGCGACAUGUCCGGUUCAGGACCCGAUGACAAGCAUGCCGACCUCUACAGGACCAUGCGAGGUCUUCGAAGCGUUGCCGAGGAUUAUCCUCCAAUUUUUGCCGUGGUCAUGAGGAGGCCAGGAGCACCCAGACUGCUAGAAUGCCAUGCCUUUGCCUGCCAAACCGAAGAAGACGCGGUGGCCGCGGCAGCGACUUUAUACAGAGCUCUUUUGGCGGAUUUGGACGCGAAUCGCAGGAGACCUCGACAUGCUAACGGGUUAGGAUGCGUCAGCUUGGCCUCCGUGGCCUCCAGCACCAGAGAGCCGAGUCCAUCCGGGAAAGCAAACGGAGAGAUUCUGCGACCACCACCUCCGCGUCCCACAGCCCCACAUCCGGUUCGACCUCCCAGAGCGAAGAAAAACUCCAUCUCCAGCCUCACCGAGGACUCAGGGCUCUCCGACCAGGUCGAGAAAGCGCCUAGAAGGAAGAAGGUGUUGGAUGUACAGUCGGAGAAUGUUUCGAUGAUUGGGUCCAAAAAACCCACCGGCGAGGGUUCUUCAACGAAGAAUGGCGUUAAAACCCCGACGAAGGACCUCGCCGGCCAAGGAAACGUGACCGAGAACUUAAAGAAAGGGACGCUGAGUCAGAAGGCAGUCAAAGGGAAGCUAUUCGAUGGAGAGGAAAUGCAAAAUUUAAAGAACAAGGCUCAGAGUAAGGACGAGGUGACGUUGGGGAGGGAAGAGGCUCUUACGAGGAAGCUUAACAGCUACGAGAAGCUUCCUGUCAGAGGGAAGCGGGUCGAUCAGGAACCCUUCAACGAUGAUUCCGUCAUAAAGACAGAAAUUAACGUUCCAGCGGAGGAGGAGAACCUGGACCAAGUUCAGCAGACGGAGGAGAGGGUCUACGAGAAAAACAGAGCCUCCUACGAUCUCCUCCACAGCUCUUCGGACAACCUGCUUUCUGGGGGGAUGGAAAAAUACUCCAGGAAGAUGAGCUCCAGAAUUUACGAGUCCGCGGAAGAUGAGAAAACUUACCAAUUGGCCACGAACGAUAUUUAUGGACAAUUUAGCGUUAAGAAGCAAGCCAAGAAUGAAAAGCUGUACGAAGACCGCUUCCUGGAAUUUGAGAAGACCUACGCCUUAGGCCACGCAGACGUCCCUUCCGCGGGGAUGGAGAAACCCGGGAAUUGCAGAAAGGGGAACUCUAGGGAAAAUCUCUACCAGAGAAUGAACCCGCAAGAUCUGGCAACGAGGAGGAAAGCUCCUUGUUUGUCGGACGAGAGUGCAACCGGUCACAGACACAGAUGCAGGGGUCAGGAGGACCUCUGCUCCGGCCAUAAAUCGGAGUCUGGGAGAAUUUCCACUCUGGACAAGCCCUUGAGGAAGAGUCGAGAUAAAUUGGAAGCCGGAAAGUCGAAGGUCCCAGAAUACUCCCAACCAAGGGUCAGGAAAAGGAGCAGAGCCGGAAGCGAGCCGCCAUUGAGCUGCUCCGAGGACGCAUCCAAGGUCCUGCCGGAGGACAAGCUGAAGAGGUCUCAAAGCGACCUUGACGUUAACAGAGGAGACCUCAUGACUAGGGUAGAGUUGCCACGUAGAGGGAGCUUUCUUAAUUCCGGAAGCGUUCGAAGACCGAAUAACGUUCCCGGAGGAACGCCUCUAGGGUUCACCGAGCUAUUCGACGAGUUUAGAAACCAAGAAGGACUUACCAGCGUCGACGACAUACUCGCGGCCAUUAUAGAUCCCGAGGGGAUGUCCUUCAACGAUCUGAAGCCACUAUACAAGGAGUUCCUCCUAAAAUUGGCAGCAACACUGACCCAGGACGAGCUCUAUGAAAGAUCGGCCAGCAUAAUGAGGAGGCGCCGCCGACCUCAAAGGCGACGCUCGGUCCGACGACCUUGCCUGCUGCGCCGCGCAAUACGGAGAUCCAUGUCACGAUUAAAAGGCGGCCCGACUGAAUUUACUUCCGUCAUAUUCCCUGCCAGGAGGCUCAAUGACAGCAUCGACAGCAGCUCAUCCUGUGGUGCGAGGAACGGCCAUGGAAACAAUCGUGUCCUGGCCAGCAGGCUCGGCAGGAGGAGACCAUCCUGGAAGAGAACAAAGCACGUUGGACAAACGACCUCGGAAGACAGUGACACGUGUAGACGACUCGGUCGCAACGUAGGGGCAGGUGCCAAUAGGAGUAGCAGCGGGUAUGUCAGCUGCAGCGAGUGCAGCUACGAUUCUGAAUCCUGUACCUGCGUCUCCGCGGACAAAUGCUAUUGUUCCUUGGCACGCAGAAUUCCCGCUCCGCCGGCACCUGUAGCCGUUGCCGUCUGUUCCUGUGACACGGACAGCUGUUCGGAGAGCAACAAAUGUUACUGUGCGAGGAAAUCCGUCCAGCCGACCAUUUUGGAACAGUUGAGGCAGCGCGGGAUCGUACCUUCCGAAAGCACCCUGAGCAGGGGCGGAAGUCCAGAAAGGAUCAGAUCUUCGAGGAAUAGCAGGAGUCAUGGCUCCUCGACGAGUCUAGAAUUUCUCAAGAUCCGCCCGACUGCGACACCUGCGAGCUCGGACAAUUUGGCCCUGGAUUACGAUCUUUUCAAUCCUGGAAGAAAAGUGGCCCAUUCAAAGGGCGAUGAAAAGGUCCUGCUGGUUAGCGCAAGGGAUCCCCAGGGCCGUUUGGUUUACGUGGGAGGCGCCGACGGGGACAAAAGGUCUUGCAAACGGGGCAAGAACCGACACGCUGGACACCAUGAGGCCCUUUCUAUAAAGAAGAGUGCAGAAAUUGCUGCGGUCUUUGGGGCGAAUUCCAACAGGUCUUGUAGAAGGAGCAGCAUUUCCAGCCUGCGGAGCUCCAUUAGUUUAGAAGCCGGAUUGGGUUACUUACCCUGACAAUGAAAAUCUCCUGAUCUCGUGAUCGAAUUUCUACUGCGUCAUUAUCUAUAAAUAAAUAGUUUAAAUAGCAAUUUCUCCUCAUAACAGGUUUAUGAUAAAGAUAGCGCUGAUGUCUGUGCGAAUUUUGUACCUGCUUGAAUGAUUUAUGUUCGCUUGAAUGUUGCACAGAUUUUAAAAAUUGUUAAUGUUCUGAAUUGAAUACUUAGAGCUUAAAUAUUAUAGCUUUCGAUGAUAAUAAAAGUGGCCUGCUUGCGUUAAUUUUAAA